AUGACCGAAGUCCAAAACUUGACCAAGCUCAUAGGUCAAUUGGGUUUUGAUGAACCAACUCAUCAGCCAGGAUCGUAUCCGGAAUUCAAUCCCGUUGAUGUUAUUAGAAACUAUAUCACUGAAGAAUUGCACAAGCUUUCCAACGUUGACAAAUCCAUCAUCUUCCCAGCCUUGGACUGCCCAAACACCUUGGACAAAGGUGACUUGAUUGUUCCAAUCCCAAGAUUGCGUAUCAAGGGCGCCAACCCUGCUAACUUGGCUAAGGAAUGGGCUGAAAACUUCCCAAAGGGUAACUAUUUAGAAAAAGUUGAGUCUCAAGGUCCAUUUAUCCAAUUUUUCAUUUCCAAGAACUACUUGACCAAUGUCGUGUUAAAAGAUAUAUUAAUCAGAAAUGAGCAUUACGGUGAACUUCCACUCGGUGAAGGAAAGAAGGUUAUUGUUGAAUUCUCUUCUCCAAAUAUUGCUAAGCCUUUCCAUGCGGGACAUUUGCGUUCAACAAUCAUUGGUGGCUUCCUUUCUAACCUUUACGAAAAAUUGGGCUGGAAUGUCUUCAGAUUAAACUACUUAGGUGACUGGGGUAAACAAUUUGGUGUUUUGGCCGUAGGUUUUGAACGUUAUGGUAGCCAAGAAAAAUUGAGUACCGAUCCAAUCAAUCAUUUAUUUGAAGUUUAUGUGAAGAUUAACAAAGACAUCACUGAAGAAAAAGAAUCCCUGGGUGAAAGCCAAACAAGUAAGACUGACGAUGAUGCCAGAGCUUUCUUUAGAAGAAUGGAAGAUGGUGAUCCAGAUGCUAUUGCCUUGUGGAAAAAAUUCAGAGAAUUGUCUAUUGAAAAAUAUAUCGAUACUUAUGCUAGAUUGAACAUUAAAUACGAUCUUUAUGGUGGUGAAUCUGUGGUUUCUAAAGAUUCCAUGGACACGGCUAUCGAAUCUUUGGAAGCUAAGAAAUUAGUCUUUGAAGACAAGGGGGCUAAAUUGAUCGACUUGAAGCCAUUCAAUAAAAAAUUGGGUAAAGUUCUCGUCGAAAAAUCUGAUGGUACCAGAUUGUAUAUGAGUAGAGAUAUUGCUGGUGCCGUUGAACGUUAUGAAAAAUACAAAUUUGACAAGAUGAUUUAUGUUAUUGCCUCUCAACAAGAUUUGCAUACUGCUCAAUUCUUUGAAAUUUUGAAAUUAUUGGAUUACCCGUGGGCUAAGGAUUUGGUACAUGUUAACUUUGGUUUGGUUCAAGGGAUGUCCACCAGAAAGGGUACAGUGGUUUUCCUUGACACUAUCUUAGAAGAAACCCAAAAGGAAAUGUUGAAGGUUAUGCAAAAGAAUGAAGCCAAAUACGCUCAAAUUGAAGACCCAGAGAAGAUUGCUGACUUGAUUGGUAUUUCUGCUGUCAUGAUUCAGGAUAUGAGUGGUAAGAGAAUUAAUAACUAUCACUUUAGUUGGGAUAGAAUGCUUUCAUUUGAAGGUGAUACUGGUCCAUACUUACAAUAUGCUCACUCCAGAUUAUCAUCAGUUGCUAGAAAUGCGAAGGUUUCCAAGGAUAAUUUGCAAGAAGCUAAUACCGAUUUGUUAGUGGAAGAUCAAGCCUUCCAUUUGAUCAGGUUGUUGUCCCAAUAUCCAGAUGUUUUAGCUCGUGCUAUUAAGAACCAUGAACCAUCAACUAUCGUGACAUACCUUUUCAAACUUACACAUGUUGUUUCCUCUUGUUAUGAUGUCUUAUGGGUUGCUGGUCAAGCCGAAGAAUUGGCUACUGCCCGUUUGGCUCUUUAUGUUGCUACCCGCAAUGUUAUCAAUAAUGGUAUGAGAUUAUUGGGUCUUACUCCAGUUGAAAGAAUGUGA